AUGUCAGUGCGGAACCCGCGGUUACCUCUUUUGCCUGGAUAUGGCACAAAUCCAUUAAUAGGAAAGAAGAGCUUCGGAGUGCGACCCGUUUUUACAUCUAUCGACAAAGUAAACAUGUUGGUCGAUAAAGCUGAAGGUGUGAACAGAGUACCUUCGCUGUACUGUCGUAAGCAAGCGCCAGAUCUACCCACAUGGAUAAUGUAUGAUAAAAAUAUACUACGUUUUCAAGCAUUUUUUCAACAAUCGCUUCACGAAAUGCGAUGCGGUUCUCAUAUUCUUCGCAAAGUGGAAAUAUUUUUCUUCCUAGAAGACGGCACUAUAAAGGUGAUGGAACCUAAGACUGAAAAUAGUGGCCUAUCUCAAGGUACGAUGAUAAGUCGACAACGUAUCCGCCUUCCUUUUAGUUACGAUAGUUAUUACGAUGUUCUUGACUUAAAUAUUGGCCGCGAAGUAACAUUUUUCGGAAAAGUUUUCAAGAUCGUAAACUGCGACAACUUUACGAGGGUAUUUCUGAAUCGUUUGGGCAUAAAUGUCCCUGAUCCUAUACCUUGGCCGGAUGCUAUUGAGAGAACACCGGCUACAGGGAAACCACCGAAGCAUAGACCAUUUCGCCAGUUCCUCGAUUUCGAUAGACAAGUUUUAAGAUUUCAUGGGUACUGGGAUGAUAGAGACUCCGAGUUUGGUUUUUUGCACCUGAUGGAAAUCCACUACUUUCUUGCGGAUGACACGAUCGAAAUCAAGGAAGUUCUCCCACCAAAUUCUGGAAUGGAGGCGGGGCCCAUGUUCCUGAAACGGAUGCGUAUUCCGAGAAAAAUACCUUCGCACGUGGAGAUGACUGGUGGCCCAAAAUGCUCAUCAUACAGUCCAGCCGACCUAAGCAUAGGGGCUGUUAUAAACGUGUAUGGACGAAAGGUUGUGUUAACAGACUGUGAUCCAUUUACAAAAGAAUAUUACAGAGUGACUUAUGGAUUUGAUUCCUUUACACCCCUUCCACUGCCUAAGGGGGAAGGUUCAGAAUGUGUGAGCACGAGUGUAGCAGAUCGUCAGUUACCACCGUGGAACGGGUAUGGAAGUUACGAGGAUUCAGCCGAAAAUUGUCGAACUGUCGAGCCGAAACCACCGCACAGGGAUUUUAUAAAAUUUUUGAAUAAGGAUCGCGUGGGUUUUGAUUCCCACGUCUUGCGCUUCGCUGCUCGCCUUAUAUCCGACAAUCCUGACGAUAAGCGACGUUACUUCAUCAUAAAAUAUUUCCUGUGUGACGAUACGAUUGGUAUCUUUGAGCUUGGCGAGCGAAAUUCUGGCUUUAAGGGAGGAAAGUUUUUCCGCCGCGACAAAAUGUACUUGCCAGACGUUAAUUUUUUCGUUCCCAAAGAGCCUCCGGCAUACACAGAUAAAGAUAUGUGGGUAGGCAACGAAUUGAUCAUCAAUAAGCACUGCUUCCGACUUAUAGCUGCUGAUGAAUAUGCCUUAAGGUAUUUGGAAGUACACGCAGACGAGUAUCCCAUGGCAAAUAUACCAUUAAUCAUGGACAAGAUACGACGAACACUAGCGUCUCAAGAUAACGGAUACAAGAGCUUCGUUGCGAAAUAUAUGGAUGCUGUGUCGCCGAGUAACAAAGAUCUAAUGUCUGUUAAGUGUUUUAAGCAAGCGCUUAAGGAAAUUAUGUGUGAGAAAAUGACCGAACAUGAAUUUAUCACUUUAAUCCGUCACUUCCGCGGUGAUGCCGGAAAAGAGAAGAGUCCUCGUCGUGAAAUGAUCAGAUCCUUAGUGUUUUCGGACCUAACACGGGGUCUAUGGGAUGACCGCGAUAAACUCCGGGAGGCGUUAUUACACGCUGAUUCUAACGGUUUAGGCGUCUUGCCUGUGCCCAAAUUGAGGCAGUUGCUAAGAGCCAAUCGACUACCGAUUAACAGCGAUCUCAUGGACUGCAUGUUGCAGAUAUUAAAUAAAGACGACAACUGUAACAUUGUCUAUGAAGAUCUUUUGCGAUUCCUGGAUUUCCAUACUCGUCCCGUUUAUAAUCUAUCUGAAGGUGACUAUCAGAAGGUUGUGAGACAUGCGCCGCCCCUUAAGGAUACAGAAUGUAAACUUUGGGCUGAAGCGGAAACUGUGGUUCAGGAAGGUUUUGUUAAUUGGAGCGCAUUUUUGUGCCAGUUGAACCUUGAACACCUUGUCAAGGAGCAGACUCAAUAA